AUGAGGAACUGGCGAUUGCAAGACUCACUGCUGCUGGACCCGGAGGUUCGAGAUCACGUCUCGCAAGCUCUGACUUCCUACUUUGAGGACAAUUUCCCUCGGGAGCAAUCUGAUGUCACCAUUUGGGAGGCACACAUGUGCGUCAUAAGAGGAACACAGAUGCAGAUCACGGCCCGAAAAAAGAUGGAAGCCAGAAGACAUACUAAGGAACUUGUAGAUACGAUUUUUCACCUUGAAUCCCAACACAAACAAACUCAGGUUGCCUUGGUCUACAAGGAACUACUCGAGGCCCGAGCGAAGCUGCUAGAGAUACUAGCGAGCCAACAUUAUCAAACGGCGCAGUGGUCGAGAGGCUUCUUCUAUCUACAUGCCAACAAAGGCGGCAAACUGCUGGCGUAA